AGUCCUGUUCCAACUGAUCCAUUUUACCCAACGUAGCCUAUUAUUGGAAAUGAGACAGAAUUGAUAAGGCUUCUGCUGAAGAAGUAACACCUUUGGGUUGACCUUAUCAAACGCCUUUCCUACUGAGUCCCGGAUCAACAAAAUGUCUCCUCAGCCUUUGCCCUUCUACACCCACACAGCGACACGACCACCUCCAUUGCCUCCAUUUUCGCCAGUCGACCCCAGGAUGCCAAAAUUGGUGCUUAUAAAAGCCUGUCAUGCCCACAUCACUUCAAACGCCAGUGUUUUGCAGAGCUGAAAGGAUGUUCUCCAGGUUACAGGUGGUGGUUGUGACUCUGUGGGUCUCUUUGCUGCUGUGCAGAGUCAGUUCAGCACCCAGAGGAGACCUGCUGUUCCAGCUGUUACGCUCACAAGUGGACCCCAAGGAGAAUGAGCUUCAGGAUCUCUCUCGUCUCCUCCUCCUGAAGCAGCUCUCUGAAUCGGUGACUCCUGAAGAGAAAGAUGCUCUUGACAGCAUUGAUGAACUGGACGUUCGCAAUGAAGUGGUUCGCCAGAUUCCAGUCUCCCAGCGAGAGCGGAAAGCAGGCUGCCGAAAUUUCUACUGGAAGACCUUCACGUCCUGUUAAUUCAACAUCUGAAUAGGAUAGAUCACCCAAAAAUUUAAAUUUACUCACCAUUUACUGACCCUCAAAUGAAGUUUCUGUUGAACACAAAAAGUAGAUAUUUUUAAGCAAGUUGGAAAGCGGUAACCAUUGACUUCCAUCUUCUUUGAAAGUCAACAGUUACCCAUUUCCAACAUUUUCCAAAUAUCUUCUCUUGUGUCCAACAGAAGAAAGAAACUCAAAUAGGUUUGAAUGAUAAAAUAAUGACAGAAUUUUCAUUUUUGACAAUUGCUUUAAUCGUUCAACAAGAAUAUCUGUAUUGGCAUUAAUAUUAGAGCAGUGUUUCUUAACCACAUUCCUGGAGGACCACUAUCACUGCACAUUUUCCAGGUCUCCUUAACCAAACACACCUGACUCAGAUCAUCAGCUUAUUAGCAGAAACUGAAAGACCUGUAACUGAAACACCUUGUGACAGAUAAAGGCGACAUGUAAAACAUGCAGUGCUGGUGGUCCACCAGGAACGUGGUUAAGAAACACUGUAUUAGAGGAUGCUUUUGAAGGUCGUUUAGCUUCCUAUACAUGAUGGAUUAGGAUUUAUAUAUAUGUUCCUCAUUUUGUCUUAUAGUAUCUGUAUUUAACAAUUAAAAAUUCACCAGCGCACAUAGUGGCACCUGUAAUACUAUUCCAGUACAAAGAGUGUCCAUCUCUUUUUGACUAGUAUUGAAUGAACAUAUAUGCACUGUAUACUAGAUAUUAUCGUGUCAUUAGGCUCAUUGCAAGUGUAUUUAUCAAGUUCAAGUUUGAUGAAGUUUAUAUAUAGAGGUUUUGUCAUCACUAGAUUUCUAGUCAUGUAAUAAAGUGUGAUCAGGGAAUGUGUGUUCAUGUCUGAUUGGCUCAAUACAAUCACUAGCAGUCCGUUCUUCGUACCUUGCUUAAAUGAUCUGAGAUGAUUUGACAGAUUCUGGACCUUUUAAUCUUAAUAACUGAUCUCUGGAUAAUUUGAUAUCGGUAAGGGUGUCUGAAACUUUUGCCAAGCAUCAAAUCACCGUCAUAUUAGCUAACAAAACAUGUGAAUCUAAAAAAAAAAGUCUAAUAUUGUGCAUGUUUAUUAUCAAAAACAAAUUCUACUAAAGCUGGAUUAAAAUCUUAAAAUAGUAUGCGUAAAAAAUCUAUAUUUAUAAAAGUUUUCUUUAAACCUUAUGGGGAGAAUAACCCCAUGACAGCUUUAUACUUUUAUUUCAGAGUGCAGAUUGCAUCAGUUUUAUUUAUAUACAUUUUUAAACUUUUAAAUAAAAAAAUAUUUAUUUAACUAUUUAUUAUUUUCCCAAGUGUAUAUAACUACUACUGUACAAAUAUAUCAGAAUUCGGUACAUGCUUCCACUAUUACCUUUGCUUGAUAAGAGCCGAUCUAAUCCUGUUUACAUAAAAUAAGCCUGCUCCCGAGCAGGUUUGAGCUACCAGAACUGUUGCUAUGUCAACAACAUCUUGGAUGAGUUUUGAAGAACGAAACAAUUCUGGAUCAUGUCAAAUAGUAAAUAACCAAAUCCAGCUAUCUGUGUAAUCCACGUACGAAGAACGGACCCCAGGUGAGGCUUAAAAUCACAACCUUGGCAUUGCUAAACAUUACACUGUCCUAAGCGAGUCGCAUACCAUAUGCGCCGCUCGUGACAAUUGAAAAUAUCACACACCAGACGCGCAUAUUCGCAUGUUACUUUAAAAUGAAACUAUUCAGAUGGCGCUCUGUGGCACGGCAGAAAGAACAGUGUCUUGAGUUGUCGCUGCCUGUGUAGAAACCUAUGUUUAGAAUUAUAAAAUGCAAGGCGCUGUUUUGCGCAACCGGUGUACGACCUCCUUUAUAAGUAUUGUUUCGUUCUUUAAAACUCAUUGCUCAAACAUGCUCGGGAGCAGGCUUAUCUUACAUAAACAGGAUUAGAUUUGGUCUUUUCAAAGGUAGUACAUAUUUAAUAUGUACCGAAUGCUGAUAUUUUCUUACAGUAGUAGUUAUUUACACUUGGGAAAAUAGUAAAUAGUUAAUAUACACACACACACACACACACAGUUGAAAAAUAUAUAUUUAUAGUUUUAAAAAUAUAUAAAUAAACCUUGUGCAAUCUGCAUAAAUAAUAGUAGAGCCUAAAAAGACUGUCACAGGGUCGUUCUCCCCAAGGGCUUCAAAGAGAACAUUUAUUAAUAUAAACUUUUUAGAUACAAACGCUAUCUACUAUUUUAAGGUACCAGCUAGGGAUGCUCCAAUUGAUUAGCCAGAAAUCGAUAUUGGUUAUAAUCACAUUUCAUGACUCCAUUGGUACUCGCUAAUCUGGCCGAUCUCAUUAACCGAUCACAAUUGUUUGUUUAUGAGUAGAACUGAAGAACUAAAAUCUUUUUACAUAUCAAAACUGAAUGUUCUGUGUUUUCAACAAUAUUGCAAGUACAUUAAAUUUUGUCUAGAAAUAUUAGGGGGGGUGGAUUGUUUAACUUGAAUAUUUAAUAAUAUAACUUAUUGUAAUAUACAUAUUGUAAUAUGUAGUAGUUUAUUCCAAAUUUCAUUGAGACAUUUUGAAUUCCUCUUUCAUGAUUUGCAAGGUUUCCAAAUUGCUUUAUUAGUUUUAUCUAUUUUGUUCUAUAAAGUUGCUUCAGACCAUGACAUGUCCACACAUGUAAAUGGUUAUAAGUGACAUGUUUCAGGAAUUAAAUGCAGCAUCUGUAAUUUAUUCUCUGAGGUAAGGCAAGAUCUCAACCAAAGUAUCAUACUUGGACUGAAAAUGUGCUUUAUGCAUAAUAAAGCUUGAAGCAUUAGAAUCUGUACUCGGUAUCGACCGAUCACCAUGACAAGGAAUCAGUACUCUGUAUCGGCUGCAAAAAUCCUGAUCGGAGCAUCCCUAGUACCAGCUUUAGUCAAAUUUGUGUAUGAUAAUAGACAUGCAAAAUAUUAAACUGUUUUCAUUUUUUUUAAAGGAAUAAUAAUUUAUGCAGUCAUUGUUUUGACAGCUAAUAUGCCGGUGAUUUGAUGCUUCGCAAAAGAUGCAGACACCUUUACCAAUAUCAAAAUGCUUUUUUGAUGCAGAAUUAGGUUAAACAGCCAUUUAUUCCUUAAUACUUGAAUAGGCCAACUAUAAUAAAAAAUUUAAAAACGCUCAAAAUGUAAAACUAAAUAAAUUGCUGAAUACUCUUGACAGCCCAUAAGUCACAGCGUAUCAUAUUUAAGAAAUCGUUUACUACGAAUUUAAUGUAAUUUUGCUAAUAUGGGUAAUUGAAUAUUAAUAAGAUGAUCUUAUUACGCUGCUGUGCCGUCAACCAAUCGUUGCAUUGCUGAUCAUAAUUUCGAGGAUUAAUAGAUCAGUCCUUCACAACACACGCAGACAUCUCAGAUCAGUUCAUCCAGACAUUUUAAUCUAAUUUGCAAACUUGUUUGAAGAACCAAAUAAGCCAGAGAUCAGUUAUAAGGUUAAAAGAUUCAGGAUCUGUCAAAUCAUCUUUGAUCAGAUCACGUUUUUGGAGGACCACAAACACGGCAUGGUUCGGAUGUCUCCUUUGUCUGUCACAUCCAUUACAGGUCUUUCAGUCUCUGCUAAUGAGCUGAUGAUCUGAAUUAGGUGUUUGACUGAGGAGACAUAAGCGAGGUACGAGGAGAGAACUCCAAAACAUUAUGUUUGUUUUCUUCACAGACCAUAAAAUCAAAAACUCAAUAACAACGCUCAGUACAAACUUAAAAACCAAUGCACAGCUGCAGUACAAACAGAUGAAUUUAUGAAGCUGAUCUUUUUGUCCCUACAAUCAAUGUCAAUAAAAAACCAAAAAGAAAACUCACCCCAACCCCUACAAAAAAAAAAAAAAAAA